AUGUUUAAUGCAUCGUUUGACGAAAACAUGCUGGUUCCGUACGAAGCGCUUUCAUACUGUUGGGGUGAUAAUCGCUUGACUCACACGAUUCGAGUAAAUGGCAAGGCGCUUGCCAUUACACACAACUUGUAUACGGCACUCAUGCAUUUACGGUUCAAUGAAAAGGAUCGCAUGUUAUGGAUCGAUGCUGUUUGCAUCGAUCAGGGCAAUGUACAAGAAAGGGGACAUCAAGUUGACAACAUGGGUGACGUGUACAGGCGCGCUGACCAGGUUCUCUUUUGGCUCGGACGCGUCGAGGACAAUGUCGGCACCCUGAUGAACGCACUCAAUUCUUUCGAAGAAAACGUUCCUAGUGAGGCUUUGGAACAAUGGCCCAAUGGAGACUCUCGCUUCCAUCACAUUUGGAGCAAGAUAUGCAAAAGACGUCAUUUCCGCGAUCUACGAUGGGAACUCAGGUCUUUGAUGGAUGAUGACUGGUUCAACCGAGUAUGGAUCAUACAAGAGGUAUUCAACGCCAAGAAGGCUUCAGUUGGCUGUACUGAUGGAUGGGUCAGUCCAAGAGUAUUCGCGCUGGCACCGAGUCUGCUCCAAGUCCGGCCAAGCAACCAAUGCCAAGCCAUCAUCGAUAUCAUGCCUGGUCCAUUGAGGAAAUCCUCUUGGUGGAAUCAGAACCCAAAUCUAUCAACCCUCUUGUGGAAGUUCAGAGAGAGCCAAGCUACUGAUUCUCGGGACCGCGUCUUUGCACUUUUAGGCAUUGCUUCCGACAAACCUUUCCGAUCGGAUUACUCCAAAUCCGAAAUGAUCGUUGUCAAGGAUGUGUUCGAAUAUCUAUGUCGGGAUAAUUUCCCCAUAAACUCGAUGAGAACUUCAAGUAUCGAGGAACUUCAAAACACAGUUCCGAGUCUGGUGUAUAUGGGUUUAGACCAGUUUGUUUCCCCCGGAAAACAUAUGGAUGUCAUGAAACAAUUCAGAUACCGACAUAACAAACAAGUAUUCCUAUCGGAGGCCGCCGUAGGUUACCUUUGGCACAUCAACUCUCCUCUGAAGGAGCAGUUAACGCAUGAAUCCGGCAUCGUGCAGGUAGUUGUGGGUCAAAAAUCCGCGAACAGCACAGAAUCUCUUUCUACGUAUCUGGAACAGGAAAGAGGCCAGAACGCGAUUCAAGGCUCUCAGAUCCAUACACAAGAGAACAGUUUCAACUUUGAAUAUACGAUGUUGGAAUCAGGUCAAGACGAAAUUCAAUUAGCCGAGAUUCUCACACUAGAAGCAGCUAGAAACGGCUCCAACGUUUUCGAACGGUUCCUUCACAAUAAUGGCGAACAAGUUGUGCUCAGUUCGGAUGUAAUUGCUGCUGCGGAUAAUAGAGGGCUGAAUAUACUUGAUCUGCUACUCUGUAGGCAUUACGACCAAAUCAGUAUCACCGACGCAUUGUUGGUAGAUGCCAUCCGAAGUUAUCCAGAAAAACUCCGAAUAUUUCUCGACACGUAUCGCGACCAGCUAAAAAUUACCGAAACAUCUAUCCUGGAAGCUAUUACAGCUGGCCCCAAAACGCUCAAGCUGUUGCUUGAAGCAUGUAGAGAAUCACUUGUGAUUUCUCAAUCAAUGGCGGAAGCGGGCUUUCAACGCGGACCAGACAAUUUCAGAGCUUUGCUUGUUGAGCGCGGCAACCAAUUGGAGAUUGAUAGCGCAAUUAGCAAUGCAGCCUUGGAAAAAGGUGUUGAUGAGUUCAAGGUAUUGAUCGAUCAAUACGGCGACAGAGUUACAUGCACAAACGCGAUGAUCGUCAAAGCCAUUCGUCAAAAGUCAAAUACGCUUAAGUACUUGAUUGAUCGAUAUGGCGACCAGAUUACAUGCACAGCUGAGAUGAUCCACGUAGCCAUUCAUGAAGGGUCGGACGACGCGCUCGAGGUCUUGCCUGAUCGUUACAGAGACCGAAGUACGUGCACAGCUGAGAUGGUCCUUGCAGCCAUUCGUUCACGGCCAAAUGAGCUCGAGCGCUUGCUUGAUCGAUAUGGCGACCAAAUUACAUGCACAACCGAGAUGAUUUGUGCAGCCAUUGAUCAAGGGAAACUCUACACGCUCAAGGCCUUGCUUGAUCGAUAUGGCGACCAGAUUACAUGCACAAAUGAGAUGGUCCUUGCAGCCAUUGAUCAUGGAGGAUUCCGGGCACUUGAGGCUUUGCUUGACAGAUACGGCGACCAAAUUACAUACACAGCUGAGAUGGUCUAUGCAGCCAUUGAUCAUGGGGGAUUCUACACGCUCGAGGCCUUGCUUGAUCGAUACGGCGACCAAAUCGAUAUCAAGAGCAUCGCCACCAGGGCUCUCUGCCAUUCAUCCACCCCCAAAAAGCUCGAGUUGCUGCUCGAUAGGUAUGGCGACCGUGUAGAUAUACCGGCGGAUGCAUUCAACAACAUGUUGCGAUUCGGGAAGGUAGAUAAUUUGACAAUGUUGCUCGACAGGUGUGGAGACCGAAAUGAUGUUCUCAAGGCGCUUAUUCGGAUCGAGGACAAAUGGGCUUUUCGGCGGCACGCCGCUCGGACGCUAAUUGUUCAAGGACAUAUGAAUGUAUACCCAUGGUUCAGAGUCUUGGCCUCUGCUUUGGGAGAUGCUCUGGCGCAGAGAUUUCGGUCCCUCGCCAUGCUUAUGGGUGGCGAGUUCAAUGAGCUCAAUGAGCUCCUCCUGCAUCCAAGUCUACUUCUUUGA